AUGUAUCCUCCUCUUCAUAGGGUCGUCAAGGAUGAGAUUGGUGAUGAUGAAAAUUCAGUGUUUGGCCUCAGUCUUCGACUCGCAGCAAUGGGUUGCCAUGCAUAUCCUCGCAUACCAGCCUCGGAGAACACAGCUUCCACUUGGAUCCUUCCUCGUUCUGAUGAUGAUGAAACCAAGAGGGACAUAAAAAUGAUUAAGAGAACCAUAGGCAUGUCUGAUGUGUUUGGAAAUUUCACCAGUCAUUCGAGCAGUGGAAGUAGUAGCUAUCAUUAUGGCUGGGUUACACAUAGCAGCAGUAUGAAUUUCCUGCCGAGGCUUCAUUUCAGGGAUCACGUAUGGACUUAUACUCAGAGGUACCUUGCAGCUGAAGCUGUUGAAGAGGCAGUGAAAGAGAUGAUCGAUUCUGAAGCAAGUCCUGAUGAAGCUGAAAAGGAUGGAUAUGCUGACGGAAUGAGACUUGUUCAACUUCUAAUUGCUUCCGCGGAGGCUGUGGCUUGUCGUGACAAAUCACAUGCUUCCAACUUACUAUCUGAACUUAGAACCAAUGCUUUGGUGUUCGGCUCGUCUUUCCAAAGAGUUGCUUCUUGUUUCGUCCAAGGCCUAGCUGAUCGUCUAGCCUUGAUUCAGCCCAUCGGGGCUGUGGGAUCUAUAGCACCUACAAUGAAUAUUAUGGAUACAGCUUCUGAAAAAAUGGAAGAAGCUUAUAAGUUAAUGUAUGAGAUUUGCCCACAUAUUCAGUUUGGUCACUUCGUGGCUAACUCCACAAUAUCGGAAGCCUUUGAGGGUCAGAGUUUUCUGCACGUGGUGGACUUGGGGAUGAGCCUUGGUCUUCCCCAUGGACACCAAUGGAGAGGACUGAUCCAGGGUCUUGCAAACCGCGCCGGCCAACUCGUUCACCGUCUUCGAAUUACCGGCGUCGGCCUUUGUGUUGAGAGACUCCAGGCCAUAGGUGAAGAACUCGAGGUUUAUGCGAAAAAGUUGGGGAUCAAUCUGGAAUUCUCAGCGGUGCAGAAAAACUUGGAAAAUUUGCGUCCUGGUGAUAUAGAAGUCGUUGAAGGUGAAGUUCUUGUCGUGAACAGCAUUCUUCAGCUGCAUUGUGUGGUGAAAGAAAGUCGUGGAGCUUUGAACUCAGCGCUUCAGAUGAUCCAUAAGCUCUCACCAAAACUGUUUGUCAUGGUUGAGCAGGAUUCUAGUCACAACGGGCCCUUCUUUCUAGGGAGAUUCAUGGAAGCACUGCACUAUUACUCUGCAAUUUUUGACUCACUUGAUGCUGUGUUGCCUAAAUAUGACACAAAGCGGGCCAAAAUAGAACAGUUUUACUUCGCAGAGGAGAUAAAGAACAUAGUGAGCUGUGAGGGACCAGCGAGGGUAGAGAGGCACGAGAGACUGGACCAGUGGCGCAGGAGGAUGAGCCGGGCCGGGUUUCAGGCCGCACCUAUCAAGACGGUGGCUCAGGCCAAGCAGUGGCUACAGAAGAAAGGGGUCAGUGAUGGUCAUUCGGUUGUGGAAGAGAAAGGAUGCUUGGUGCUUGGAUGGAAAUCAAAGCCAAUUGUUGCAGCUUCUUGCUGGAAAUGCUGAAUAUUUAAUCUUUAAUUUACCAGUUGCUCUUUGGUUUUUGAAAUCAGUACGUAUACCAAUAAAACAGUAAUUCAUGGGAAGACGAUGAUGAUGAUGUGUCCUUCCUUGAAUAAUCUCUCUGUCAAAAUCCACCUCAUGUGAAUUAGUAAC